ACAUUACUACAUAAACAAAUACAGACAUACCACAUACAUACAGCCUUACCCACAUAGACCAAUAAAUUCAAAUAUAUACAGACAUAUAUAGCUACAGAUGUAUGUUGAAUUCAACAUGCAGUUUUAUACGGCAUAUAUACGCAAAAAAAUUAGCCACGGAACCCCUACAACGGAGGCGGGAUGACAUGGGACCAAUUUUAGAACAGACAACGGACUUUAUCGAGGAGGACCUAAAUACUCUUCUAAUCGGGGAUUUUACCACUGAUAGUUUACGCCUUCCUGGGUAUUCACUGUCUCUCAUUUCUAGUGUAAAGGGAAGACGAAGGAGAACCAUUGGUAACGCGUCAGAUUUUAUGAAGAACCGUCCGAAGGAGGCGGUUUUCAGUGGGUCCUGGCCUGAACUUCCACCAGUUCCAAAUAUUGCACUACUACCAAACAUCACUAUUACCAUUUCGAACAUUGCUACUAUCCUCAAUACUUGUACAACGCUCUACCAAAUGAAGCAACUGUAAUACCAGUGGUAUACGCGUCCAUAAAUAGAAGCCUGAAAUCAAUCCAGAAGAGAAACUCCUCCUACAUUCCUUCAUUUAUAAGCAGCGAAAAUGUGUGAUUCGAACACGGAACUGAACUCGUUAAAAGUUAACGGAGGCGUGAGCGAACCGAAUCCGCUGAUAGAAAUUCGUCGGCCUGCUUAUAACAUUAUCGGAUUCCGGGAAAAAUUCCGUAAGUCUAAACCACCCGAGAAGACUUUCAAAGAGUGUGUCGCACAGCAAGUACGAAGUUGCACCAGUUGUUCCAAAGAAAGAUGCAAGCAAAUCUUAACAGAUACAUUCCCGUUUCUGAGAAUUCUUAAGAAAUACAAUGUGAAGACGGAUUUACCUAACGACCUGGUGUCUGGACUUACAGUGGGUAUCAUGCAGUUACCUCAGGGAAUGGCGUACGCGCUUCUGGCUGAUCUUCCACCCAUUGUUGGUCUCUAUGUGUCAUUUUUUCCUCUCUUAACGUAUUUCUUCUUCGGAACGUCCAGACAUGCAGCAAUGGGCACAGUGGCUGUGGUGAGCUUGAUGAUUGGUUCUGUAGUGUCCAACAUUGAGUCAUCGGAAUCCUCUACCUCCGGCGGGGCCUUGAACAUUUCACUGACUUCGGAGAUGAACACUACAGAACAAGAAUACUCAGUCAGUUCAGAUGCCUUCGAUGAAGUUGUGAUGAAGAAAAUACAAUUGGCUGCCGCGAUCACCUUCAUGGCUGGAAUAGCUCAAGUGAUAAUGGGGUUUCUCAGAAUGGGCGUGGUUACAACUUACAUGUCUGAAUGUUUGAUCGGUGGAUUUACAACUGGUGCAGCCGUACACGUAUUUUCAAGCCAAGUGAAGUAUGUCUUAGGUCUUAAGAUCAAGCGGUUUGGAGGAGUGUUCCAACUGUUAUUCACUUACAUUGAAAUCUUCAAAAACAUUCACAGGACCAACCUAGUCGAGCUGGGAAUUUCAUGUAUUUGUAUGGUCAUUAUAUAUUUAGUGAAGACCCAGAUAAACCAAAGAUUCAAAGAUCGAUUAAAGAUCCCAGUUCCUAUUGAACUUUUCGUGGUCGUCACGGGCACACUUAUAUCGCAUUACGUCCGUUUGAAAGAAAAGUUUGGCAUCAGAACAGUCGGCAAAAUACCAGCUGGCCUUCCGCCGCCCAAAGUUCCGGAUUUUGUAUCAGCCCAAGGAUACGUCGGUGAUGCCAUUGUUAUCGGAAUCGUUGCCUUUGCUCAGUCUGUUUCCCUGGCCAGUUUAAUGGCGAAGAAACACAAUUACGAUAUCGACUCGAAUAAGGAAAUGAAAGCCUACGGCUACGGAAACAUCGUUGGCUCCUUCUUCUCGUGUUAUCCAUUUGCUGCAUCGGUAUCUCGUACAUCCGUACAAGACUCGGCUGGAGGAAGGACUCAGGUGGCCAGUCUGUUCUCCUGUGUCCUCGUACUAAUCGUUAUAAUCGUAAUUGGACCUUUGUUCAGAGACCUUCCAAACUGUACUUUAUCUGCUAUAAUUAUGGUCGCUUUACGAACCAUGCUGCUCCAAGUCCUCGAACUGAAACGGUUAUGGAGGUUGUCCAAGUAUGAUUUUUCAAUCUGGCUGAUAACCUUUCUAUCCGUGGUCAUUCUUCACGUGGACUUUGGUCUUGGAAUCGGCAUCAUUUUUUCAGUCUUUACAGUUGUUAUACGGACUCAGAGAACCAAUUUGAAGUUAAUCGGCAAAAUUGAUGAAAGCGAAGUAUUUCGGCCAGAGAGUGAAUAUCAAAUUUCAAAACAGUAUUCAGGAAUAAAGAUUCUAUAUUAUAAUGCUUCGAUUUACUUCGCCAAUGCCGAGAUCUUUGUGAAGCAGGUGCAGGAAACAUCAGGAAUAAACCCAGAGAAAGUUCUAAAGAGACUUAAGAAGGAAAGAAAAUCGCUUAUUGGAAAAGAUGAGAAUAACAAAUCAAACUCUCAGAUGGAUAUUGAAAAAAGAAACGAACACAAUUUAAAUGUUAGCAUUCCGAUAAAUUAUAUAAUUGUUGAUGUCAGCGGCGUGAACUUUGUUGACACUGUUGGAGUAAAAAUUCUGAAAACGCUUUGUGCAGAUUAUGACAAAAUAGAUGUAAAAGUGUUAUUUGCUGGAGUUAGAGAUCCUGUUUACACCAUGUUAGAAUUAACUGACUUUGUAUCAGAAUACGGAGAUCGUUUGUAUAUGACCAUCUUAGAUGCCAUUCGAGGAAUCGACAUUCCCAUUUCGACUUACAACAGUGAGGAGGAUCCUAAACCUGAGGACAAUUUAUUGGAAACAAUGGUUUGUCAAAAAAUUUUGGAUCAAUAGCAGUGAUGAUGACGAUGAUGAUGAUGAUGUUGACCAUGGUGAUGAUACUAGUGAAGGGUGUGAUGACGGUGGUGCUGGUGGUGGAUCUCUUCUUAAUCUCUUCUCUGCUGCACCGCAUCCUCGCUGCGUCUCAUCAAUUGAUUGACAAGAAAGACAGAAAGGAAAUUUUCAUCUUUAAAAGUUUUCAAUUCUAACAUUUAUGAUUAUCCGGAUAUUUGCAAAUACACAUGGGCAUCUACAAAUACCUUCACACAUAAAUUUUAUAUAUAUAUAUAUAUAU